CAUACAUACACAGAGCUAGUCUGACCAGAAACAGAACUGCCCCUGGCAGAUUAGAGAGACAAAUGAGGUUUGGAAUCUGAAUCCAGGAAAAGGAGAGUGGAAAUUUACAGCUGCUCUAAGUGAGUGUGCGUGUUUUAGUGAUCAUCUCUGUUAACAUUUUUUCCAAAAGGUAACAGUUACUCUGUCUUCAGCAAGCAAGUUGAGACUGAAUUCUGGAAUUUGUUUUCUCUGCCACGUGUCAAUAAUAAGGAAGAACUUAUAUUAAAUGGAAGAUAAGUAAAGGGUCCUCCAACUGGCCUGCUGGUUUGGGUCUGGCAGAGAGCUGUCUUCAGCACCUCAUCAUGUAUCUGCUUUUUGUUGUUUAGACAAGCCUGGACAUUUCUGUACACACAAUCCUCAGCUAUAUCAGAAGAAGAAAUUCAGGUGAAGAAAAUCAUGCCUUUGUUCAGUAAAUCGCACAAAAAUCCUGCUGAGAUUGUAAAAACUCUGAAAGAAAACAUGGCCAUAUUGGAAAAGCAAGAUAAAAAAACAGACAAGGCAUCAGAAGAAGUGUCAAAAUCACUGCAAGCAAUGAAGGAAAUUCUGUGUGGUACUAGUGACAAGGAGCCGCCUACGGAAACAGUGGCUCAACUGGCACAAGAAUUAUACAACAGUGGCCUGCUAGUGACACUUAUAGCCAACUUGCAGCUGAUAGAUUUCGAGGGCAAAAAGGAUGUGUCCCAGAUAUUUAACAACAUCUUGAGAAGACAAAUUGGCACUCGAAGCCCUACUGUGGAAUACAUUAGUGCCCAUCCACAUAUCCUGUUUAUGCUUCUAAAAGGGUACGAAGCACCACAUAUUGCCUUACGCUGUGGAAUUAUGCUGAGAGAAUGUAUCCGGCAUGAGCCACUUGCCAAAAUCAUCCUUUUCUCAGAACAGUUCAGAGACUUUUUCAAAUAUGUGGAAAUGUCAACGUUUGACAUCGCUUCUGAUGCCUUUGCUACAUUUAAGGACCUGCUAACAAGACACAAGUUGUUGGUAGCAGAUUUCCUAGAACAAAAUUAUGACACAAUCUUUGAGGACUAUGAAAAACUGCUUCAUUCUGAGAAUUAUGUCACAAAGAGACAAUCUUUAAAGCUGCUGGGUGAACUGAUUCUGGACCGACACAACUUUGCCAUCAUGACAAAAUACAUCAGCAAACCAGAGAACCUGAAGCUAAUGAUGAACCUGCUGCGAGAUAAAAGCCCCAACAUUCAGUUUGAGGCAUUCCAUGUGUUCAAGGUAUUUGUGGCCAGUCCAAACAAAACGCAGCCUAUCGUGGAGAUUCUAUUGAAAAACCAACCCAAGCUAAUUGAGUUUCUGAGCAAUUUCCAGAAAGAGAGGACAGAUGAUGAACAGUUCACCGAUGAGAAGAACUACUUGAUUAAACAGAUCCGAGACUUGAAAAAGCCAACACCAUGAAGAUCUCCCCUAAUUUCCCAUCAUAGGCAUUAAAUCAUAUUUGUUCAGUUCCUCCCACGUGUCAUUUAACAACACAAUAGCGCUUGAGAAGUGCCUGUUUUAGUUUGAUUCUUUGUUCACAUAGAUGUCAAGGGUAUAAAGGUCUUACAUGAAAACUUAAAAAAAAAAAAAAAAAA